AUGGUCUACAGGACCAGUCCAAGGUUGGCCAAAAAACGUGUUUCUGGCGAAGAAGAUGGUGUUGUAGUCUCCAAACCUAAAAGAACAUCUUAUAGAACUCCAAAUGGCAAGAUUUUGGCUUGUAACACCCAAGCUGCAAAACCUUACAAGAACCCUAUUACUGGGGAAAUCGGUAAGCUUGUUAGGUUGUAUAAUAUUUUUAUCAUGAAUAGUUUUUUGGAUUUUUGGAUUAUUUUUUAAAAAUAUAUUUAAAAUAUAGUUUAAGUAAGGUGUCAAUUUUAGGUAACAACGAGCCUUUGAGCAAGACACACAACGUCGGUGGUUCUGUUAGAAGAAGCACAAAGUCAAUUAUAGGGGAUCCGUUUGAUGUGUUGGAAAUACCUAAACCAGUAGCGACGUCUUACAAAACCUUACGGAACGUCAGGAAACUGUAUGGUAAGUUAGUCAAUUGGUGUUUUAAAUGUUUAGAUUGGCAAGUAGAAUGUAUGUGUGAUCAAAGGAUGUUGCGCGGUUCUAACUUCAUCUUGUCUUUGCCUACUGGCGCUGGGAAGACACUCGUUGCCGAGUUGUUGAUUAUCAGAACAUUACUAACGCUGAAGAGAAGUUGCAUUCUGAUUCUACCGUUUGUUGCUAUUGUACAGGAAAAGGUAUUUUAGCUAUUUUUUUUGUUUAUUCUGAUGUUUUUGUUUGUUACAGACUACAGGUUUGCACAAAUUGGAAGAAGAGAUGGGAUUUACGAUAGAAGAGUAUGCUAACACAAAAGGGCGGGUGCCACCCUUAAGAAGGAAACAGAAAUCACUUUAUGUGUGUACGAUAGAAAAAGCUAACAUAUUGGUUAACUCACUUAUAGCUGAAGAUAGGAUUGGCGAGAUUGGUUUAGUUAUUGUAGAUGAAGUAGGUUUUAAUAUUUCUAGGUAACAAAAUGAUGUUAUAGAUAAAACAUUUGAUUUUAUAGUUGAAAUAUUGUUUUUUUUAAAUGUAUUAUAUGAACUAUACGAAUGUUUAACUCUAUUUUUUUGUUUAGUUGCACAUGAUUGGCGACAAAAAAAGAGGUACCAUAUUGGAGCAGACCUUGAACAAGUUGCUGUUUAAAGGAAGCUGCCAGAUUGUUGGAAUGUCAGCGACCUUGAGUUCUAUAGGGAAACUGAGAAAGUUUUUGUCUGCUUAUGUUUACGCGACCAACUUUCGACCAGUAGAACUUCGCGAACACAUGAAGAUAGGUCAACAACUGUUUGAAUACAACGAGGAAUCUGGUGGUUUCGAUUACAAAAAGGACGUCAAACGACUGGUAAUUGUUUUACUCGAUAGUGUUUUGUAUAUUAUUACAGAAGCGGUUUUUGUACAUGAAUAUGUUAGGUUACUUAAGACUGUGGUGUUUUUAACAUUCUGUCUUCAGCUGGAUGCAAAGAUCGAUCCUGAUAAUAUAGUACCACUGAUAGCACCAGUAAUACCUCAAAAGUCAAUUCUCAUCUUUUGCCCAUCGAAAGAAAAUACGGAAAACUUGUGUCAAAUGUUGGCCCGAAAUGUACCAAAGUAUGUUUAGAAAUGGCAUAAUUAGAAGGUUGUUGACUUACAAGACUUGAUUUGUGUACAUUAUAGGACAGUACGUGAUCAUCGAGCUAAUGAGAAAUUGGAGAUAAUAGGGCAGAUAAUGGAGAGCAACGACGGAGUGAUAUGUCCCAUAAUGAAGUCAGGGAUCAAAAGUGGCAUAGCCUACCACCAUUCCGGACUGACGAGAGAUGAGAGAAUUUUGGUGGAAAGUGCAUUUAAGGUAAAUCAUAUUAUUUUUAUGAGUUACAUAUACCUUUAGGCAAUAAUAUUAAGUUUUCUCUUUACGAAGAUACAAUAUUUAUACUUUAUUGUCUUUUAUUAGUAAAAGAGUAAUAUUUAAAAGUGUUUUACAGUUUUUAAUGAAGAUUUAGAGCGGCAUUAUCUGUGUGAUAUGUGCGACAUCAACAUUAGCAGCCGGAGUGAACCUACCGGCCAGAAGAGUGAUUAUAAGGUCGCCAAAGGUUGGGAGAGAUUUCAUGGGAAAAGCACAGUAUCUUCAAAUGAUUGGCCGGGCUGGACGUGCUGGUUUGGACGAUCAAGGAGAGAGUUUUGUCAUUGUACAAGAACUGGAACGGACUGCGGUAGGUCAUAGCUUAAUUCUAUGUUGUGAUCAAUGAGUAUUUUAAUACUUUUUUAUAUAGUUUUAAAAUUUUUUUCAGUUUUUGAAAAUGAGAUACGAUGAUUUACCAGCGAUUGUGAGUGGAAUGUCUGAUAUCCACAAGUUGGAGAGCUUUAUCUUGGACUUGUUGGCUUUGAAGGUAUGCAAAACAGAGGAGGAAGUGCAAGCAGCAUUAAGAAUGUCAUUUUUGGAAGAUGAAGAUGCUGUCAAGAUAAUAUCUGAAGCUUUGAGGAGGCUAACAUUGAUGGGUAUGAUCAAGGUAAGUUUAUUUUGGUACUGACAUUAUGCAUCUAAUAAAAAACAACCACUUUCUUUAGUUUAGCAAGAUGACAAACGUUAUUAUAAAAAUCUUUUUGUUAUUAUCUGCAGGAAGACCUAACAGUGACAGAGUUAGGCCUAGCUUCGUCGAAAGGAGCUCUAGAACCAACAACUAGUCCUGCCAUCUACAACGAAUUAGUUCGAGCUCUGGACAAAGGUAAGUCCCAAGGUUUUAUAUCUAUAAGACCUCUAAAGAAAACAAUUAUGAUCUGAAUCAAGGUCUGGUGCUGUCCUCGCACUUCCACCUUCUCUGCACCAUUGCUCCACUUGAUGUUGAACUGCCAGUGGUGGACUACAACCUACUUAACAAACAUGUACGUUACUUGUAUUAAGCAUUUUGUUCUUUGAGAAAAUUGUAUUAAGGGACUUGUGUUUUCUGUUAUCGCAUAAUAGGGUGGGAAUACAGUGACGACAAACUUGUUUUAGUUUAACGCUUUGUCGCACGGAGAAAAGGUACUGCUGGCAGAUUGGGACAUUUCUCAAAACACAAUAAUGAAACACAUUAUUCAAAAGCCUAGGUUGGUAAGUAUAAUUUAUAAGUAUGACUAAAAGUUAUAAGUCGGUUAUAUAAUAUUAGCAUAAAAAGUAACGGAUGGUCUUGUUAAUUUGAAAUUUUAGAAUGCCGGUACACCAUUACUACGAGUUUACAUUGCAUUUAUGCUACGAGACUUGUGGACAGCUGAUAACUUGUCAGUUGUCGCUGAAAGAUUCAAAGUCAGUCGAGGAUGGUUGAAUUCUGCAGUCCAGUCAGCCCUGUCCUAUGCAAAUCAACUGACACGGUUUGUUAAUGUAUGCUUUGUACAAAGAUGACACUCUUUUCAAAGCAGUUUUUGUAUUUUGAAUUCUUAAAAUAUUUAAAUCAAGUUAUUUCUGUUUUAUUCUUGUGUGAAAGUAACCCUUCAGGAAGUACCUCAACUUUGGGCAUACCGUCAGUUGUUGCCAGACCUUCUCCAGAAGCUGAAUGUGUGUGCACGACAGGAAGUGGCAUCGUUGAUGGAGAUUGACUGUGUCAAGCAGUCUCGAGCGAUUCAGCUAUUUGAUUUGGGGUACAAGAACAUUGGUGCCGUUUCGAGAGCGACGCCAGAAGAACUUUGUCGCCAAAUCAAGUUCCUCGGGUUGCCACAGGCACAAAGGAUUAUCGCCAGUGCUAAAGUAGGUGAAAUCAUUAUUAUUUGAAUUACUGGUUAAUUAUUUUCAGACGUUGUAAUUGUAAUUUGUUUACUAUGUAAACGUACUGUAAUAUUUUUGAAUAUUAUUUAUAUUAAUUUCAGGCUCUCUUCCGUGACUUUAUAGCGGAAAAGGCGGAAGAACUAAAGUUGAUGGGUUUGGAGGACGAGAAAGAGGAAAAGAGUGUUGUAGUAGCCAAGUCUCAAACAACUCCAGUUCGGUUUCGAAAUCGACCACAGAAAAAUGACGAAAACUUACUACGGGAUACAUGUUGA